AGAGAUUGAAGUUCGUGCACUGCGCCUCUCCCCUGCUGCGGUGUCGUUUCAAAAAUUUAGCCGUUGCAACGUCAAAAUUGAAACAGUUAUAUCUCAAAAUCGUUUCUAUUCCAGAGAAAUGAAUCGUGUCAAACUUAUUGUGUUUGUAGCUCUUCAACAAAAUCACGAUACAAUUAUUUUCGUUUAAAAACGUUAAAUAUUGUCGCGUUAAAUUGCCCUCGAUUAUUUUUAUUGUUUCAUGGGAGAAUAAAUUGUAGAUUUGAGGUUCAGUUGGUUUUUAGAGCGUUUCGCACAUUGGGAACGGCUUAAAAGUAAUUCAAAUCGUUUCGUGAGUACACAAAAAUUGUGAUAAUCAUCGAUAUCAUUUCCUCGCAAUCUUAAUUCGAUCUAUUCAACUUUACGUAAUUUAUAACGAAACUCUCGUGACAGUGUAAUUGAUACAACUUCAUCUCCUCGCUCCUUCGUAGCGCUUGCUCUCUCUCUCUCUCUCUCUCUCUCUCUCUCUCUCUCUCUCUCUCUCUCUCUCUCUCUCUCUCUCUCUCUCUCUCUCUCUCUCUCUCUCUCUCUCUUUUCUCCCGACUUUGCCUCCGUUGCGUUCUGUCAUGACUAAAUUCUCGGGCUUUUUCUUUGUUCCAAACUUUUAGCUCGGACAUUGAAAUAAGAACGAUUCGCUCUCUGACAAACGCGAACUAUAUGGUACGCUCGUUGGCGUUGGCUGCCAGGUGAGCGUCACCGGCCAAUACCCGUUUAGUUUAAACAAACGCACACCACCACAUCAACUUUUACCUUCACACGUUUCGCACUCUCCCACUUUUCGUGCUCUUUGUUUUUCCAUCCCCUUUGCAAACGUCGUGCAUCAAGAAACCUCGCUAUAUACUCGGAGACGAAAAGUCUUGCGCGCAUAUCAUUGCACAGUUUCACAGCCUUUUACUUUGGCAAACCUUAUCAAGAUAUUUUUAACGUCCGCUUGCGUUUAAAAUUGCUCGUAAACGUUAUUUUGCUGCUUUGUGAUGUGAUGAAAAUUUAUACUAUUUCCGCCAUCUUCGUUCACAUUGAAUUCCGUCAAUAAUACGAAGGCCCGGUUUUUCGAUCCACAUGUAUAAACUCCAUCUGAAAAUUGAAGGUUCGCUCCCCAAUGGUACAACCAUCGAGUAAAAUUCACCUUGGAGAGGAACAACUGCCCUCAAUGACAGAAAAGUCAUCGACACAUUUUUUUCAAAAAUCGAUUCAACUUUUGAGAUCCUGAAAUGUGAGCUCGUUGUUGUAUCUGGAUUCACAUGAAUUUUUCAUUCCAUAGCAAAAAAUGUCGAUAAUAAAUAUGAAUAAAAUUUGUAUUAAAUACGAAAAAACUUGGUUCGUCUCAUAUUCAAUGUGUUUCUUAAAUGAUUAUUUUGGAUUUCCAUUUUUUUAAUUUGGAAAAUAUCUGGUGAGUAUGAAUUUGUCGUCUUAUGACACUUCAAAAAAAGCUCAUGAUGGUGAAAAUAUUACCGACGACUGACCCAUAUUUUCAACAAAAAGUACUGCAAAAACAAUGAAAAUUAUCGAUUUGUGGCAAACUUCGAUGUUUUGACGUUAACCUCCAUGACAUUUUUUUUCAAUGUGUGUAAUUCUCGCUCUGUUAAAUUCGAGCUAUUCAUGAAGUGAACAAGUACCAGGUUUGCCUCGUACGCACAAAAGUAUAAAAGUGUUGAUAUAUUUCUAAACUUAACUCUUGUCUUAUCGGAAUUUUUUCGAUCCACGUGGCAUUCUCGAUUAAGAGGCGUUUAUAUUUUGGGAAUACAUAACCAAACAAAAAAAAUAUACCGGCGAGGAAGCUACGAGCAGGCCAAGUGGAUGAGGGUUGUCCCAGGCAACGAGAGAAUACACAAUCGUCGUACUGUGCAUCGCGGGGGCGAGGAUAAAAUACCUUGACUGAAAAACGAACGAGGCCAGUGAGCAGCCGACGAAUUUUCGUAAUUGAGGCAUACGAAUGACUCUUAAAACGCGAGUUUAGGCGAAAAGAAUAAUAAAUUGCGUGACUUUUGAUCAGCUAUCUGAAUCCUAUUAAAACACGAAGUGCAGAGGAUAAAAAUAAAAAAAUAAAAAACAUGGCGUAUCGACAAGCGCAGCCGGUACAGGAUGAGGUCGAGCUCGAGACAAUGGCGGAGGCUGAAUUAAUGAGAUUAAAAAGACAAUUUAGGAUAAUGGAAAAUGACAGAGUGGCGUAUGCGGACGACGCUAAAUUACAACUCCGCAACCAGCAAAACAUGAUCGUUCGUCUCGAAGCUGAAAAAGCUGAUCUUGUUUUGGCGAUUACAACAUCGAAGUCGAGAAGUAAUACUCGCAAGGAUCUAAUGAUGGACGAGAGGCUCAAGUGUCUGCUGGCUAAACGUACAAAAUACAUCGAAAUGAUUGACAACGAGAGGCAGCAAAUUCACGAGUUGCAGGAACAAAUCGGCAAGGUCUCGAAAGAGGUAACGGCUUUACGGACAAAGAUUCGAACCGAUGUCGAAUCCACGGAAAAAAUGUCAAAGCAAGAGGUUGUUGUAUCCACUCUCGAAAACCGUCUUGACCAGUCGAUUAAACGAUUUAACCUCCUCGUUGCUGACAACGCUCGGUUGAGAAAGAAAAUCGAUGGCUUGUUGAAGGAACGAGCUCAGUUUAAUGUUCAAUGGACGAAAAUGAUUAAUGAGCUCAACACCGGCAAAAUGAUCAUUAACGAUCUCAUCGAACAAGCUACGGUCACCUUCAAUCAGAGAGACGAGGAACUCAACAAGAUACAUGCCCUUCGCGAAAGAGGGGCUCGAGAUUUGAAGGCUCACACCUCGGAAAUGUGCGAGCUGCAAAGAACGCUUGACAACGAGCUAAAACUUCAAGAGUUCCUUGGCGUCAAAGGCCAGUAUCGACAAACGGCGGAUUUGAAUGCGAAAAAAGAGGCCGAGCGACAGGCCAAGAAGGAAGAGGUACGCAACAAAGUCGCCGUCUAUACGGACAUAUUGAAGCGCGUGAAGGAAUUUACGGGCGAGGAAGAAAUCGACAAAUUGACGUCACACUUCGUCAAACAAGAGGAAGAGAAUUUCGCUCUUUUCAAUUACGUUAACGAACUCAACGACGAAUUGGAGGGUCUGCAGUCGAGAGUCGCACAGUUGAGAUCAGCGAUCGAUGAAGCUCGAGCGCUGAACGUUCAUCGGGGCAACCAGCAGGCCGAAACACUCGAAAAAAUAUCGAAACAACUUGAAGAACAAACCGCACUAGCAGACGAAUCUGAAAAGAGUCUUGCCGAGUGCAACGAUGUGCUCGAGAAGCUCCUCAAGGGUAUAGAAACGCUCUUCAAAUCAGUGCGGUGCGACAAUUCGCCAAUCCUAGAUUUACUCGGUGACAAUUCAACCGUCACGAUGAACAACGUGAUGCUCUAUCUCGGAAUAAUUGAGAAACGUAUUACCGACAUGUUCAACAAAGUUCAUUGGAUCGACACCUCGACGAAGAGCGACACGAUGCGGCUCGAUGAAGAGAAAAAACCACACCUGAAGGUCCCUCCUCUCCCUUCGAUCGUACCCAGCCAACCUUGUUCCCUGUGAGUGCUUUUCUCCGCUCUUGCCCUUCCUGUCCAAAAAAGCACUUUGCCUUCAACUUCGAGAUAUUGGAAAAUGCAAACAUCGAUAAUUGAUUGAUGUUAUUGAUAAACUCGGGCCCAAGCAACAUUUUUCGUGCAAUACGAAAAUGGAAUUUAUUUUCUUCGCGUCAAAUUCGCCAGCCAAAGUCUCGCUAUUUAAAGAAAUAUCAUUUAACGUUUCAUAUGAAAAAUAUUUGCAAGUCGUUCACAAAUCGAAUGCAAAGUGCUUCAUAAACGUUUUUCAUAACGUCCUCGUUCGUCCUCCAUGCUUUUUUCACUCGUAAUUCGGUGAUCAAUCGUUCAUUAUAAAACACGAGGUGUGUCGAGAAAGAAGAACUGCAAUACGUUUCCGAGGGUCUGGAAGCACCGCUUACGAGGGACGAAGCCAUCAGCAAAUUGGAGACGAGACUCGUCGAGGACUGCUCCGAGCUUAUUCACAAUGUUUCCAGUUGUCACUUGCCUGCUGCUCGAAAGAUAAUGCAGAAACGCUAUCAGUAGCAGUUAAAUGUAUUUUCAAUAUAUCUUUAUUUGUUAAAUACAAAUGUACAUAUAUUUCUAGAUUUUUCCUGCACGUAUCGAAUUCAUUUCGUACGAAGAGCGAGUAUAUUGAAUAAAAUACGGAAUAAAGAAGUUUUGUCGCAAAUUUAAUGAUAGAUUCGAUUACGAUAAUUUGAAUUUUCUUCGUUCCAAGAAACCGUGGCUGGCAAUUUUUCGCACCAGCUUCAAAAGAAAUAAAAACUUGUAAUUUUUCGAGCGAAAGGCUGAUUACUGCUGGCUGGAAAAUUUAGAUAUUCGAGUUGCGUGAAGGAAAAGCAAAGAAACCAAAAUAAACAAAAAGUUUCUGAAUUA